AUGAGGCUGCAGAAACAAAAAAGUCUGUUUCUGAAGCUCUCCCUGGUUCUGGGAUCACUAUGGAUAAUUUUCAUGAUCAAUCGUCCAAAAGCAGGCUGGGAUCCCACCUACAUACUCAGGUACAGCUGGCUGGAGUACACGGACGAGGAUGGCGGGCCAGAGAGAGUGUGCAACUGUUCAGCAAUCCUGAGGGGAGAACGGGAGGCUGUGGAGGAGGCCAAACUACUGACCAUCACCAGAGACUUCCACAAGAAUAUCCAGAUCCCUGAUGAGUACUAUAUCAAUGCAACGCAAGACUGCGGGAAAUUUAAGCAAAGCAGAAAAUACCUGACGUUCCCUUUAAGCCAGGAAGAAGAAGACUUUCCUCUGGCUUACUCUAUGGUUGUGCAUCAUAAGGUGCAGAACUUUGAGCGGCUGCUUCGAGCCAUCUACGCACCCCAAAAUCUCUACUGCAUCCACGUGGACAAAAAAUCCAGCGCCUCAGCCAAAUCUGCUAUCAAGUCUAUCGUCUCCUGUUUUCCAAACGUCUUCAUGGUCAGCGAGGCCGUGACUGUAGUCUACUCUGGAUGGCCGCGCGUCCAGGCUGACAUUAACUGUAUGAUCGAUCUCUACCAAAUAAGCACAAAGUGGAAAUAUUUCAUCAACCUUUGUGGGCAGGAUUUCCCUCUGAAAACCAACUUAGAGAUGGUGAGGUCGCUGCAGUCACUGAACGGCGGGAACAGCUUGGAGUCAGAAAAAAUGCCUCAACACAAGAAAUGGAGGUUUACAUACGUUCACAAGAUUGUGAAUGGAGACAUCAAGAUAACAGAAACGCCAAAGAAGCCACCUCCUUUCAACUUCCCUAUCCAGUCAGGAAACGCCUACAUAGUGGUGAACCGAGGCUUUGUCGGCAGUGUGUUGGAAGACAGACGAAUACAGGCCUUGAUUGAGUGGUCCAAAGACACCUACAGUCCAGAUGAGUUUCUCUGGGCCACCAUUCAGAGAAUCCCUGGCGUUCCUGGAUCGACGUGGCCCAGCCAAAAGUACGACAUAACCGAUGUCAACGCGAUUGCACGGCUGGUGAAGUGGGUGUGGCAUGAGGGGUCAGAGGGGUCACCGGAGGCGGCAUACCCUGAAUGUCAGGGCAACCACGUCAGGGCGAUAUGUGUGUACGGCGCUGGAGAUCUGCAGUGGCUGCUGGAGAACCACCACCUCUUUGCUAACAAGUUCGACGCAGACACAGAUCCCAUCGCCAUCUACUGCCUGGAGAAAUAUCUGAGACAAAAGGCACUGGCUGAGUUACGCUAGUGUUUAUGAUGUACUUAUGCUUCUUUGUUACAUGAAAAUGAGAAAAACCACUGGAAAGAAGUCUGAUUGCUUCUAUAUUGUAAUUUAAACGCC